AUGGAGGAUGAACCACCUCCUCUUAUACUUAGACGUCGUUCUCGCCGAGGUACUUCUUCAGUCACUCAGAGUACUCAGAGUACGUCACCCGCUAGUAGCCCAGUUGCAGCUACCACUCCUCCAGCAGCCCCCACCCCUCCAGCAGCCCGCACCCCCCCUUCUGUAGCUUCCGGCCCUUCUCAAAGUUCAAGAGGAGGAGGAUUGCCUACUACGAUGACUGUUGCGGAGUUAGUUAGGCUACCUGGCCGAGAAUCGCUUCAGCGCCUUGAUCCAAAUUAUCUUAUUGUCCCAAACACCACUUGGUUUGAUUUGUCUGGCAAUGGUAUCACCAACAGCCUUCUUAGGAUGGAGUACACGAUGCUAAAGCGUGGUUAUCCAACUUUCUAUGACAUGCCUGCAGAAGAUCAAGAACUCUGGUUUCGGCAAUUUGCGGUAUAUGUUCUCAAUUUUUAAUAUUAUAAAUUUUUUUCCACCAAUUGUAACUUUCUAAAAAAAAAUUUAUAUUUAUUUUGCAGCAAGAGUUCACUUGGGAAUCAGGGAUUACCGAACAAGUGAAAAUUGUUUUCCGCCGCAAAGCAGCUUCGCACUACACCAAGCGGAUCAAUGAGUGGAAGCAAAAAUUCGAUGUUGGUGAGGUCCCGAAGCACAUCAACCCAGACGUUUGGCGGGAUUUGUGUGGUCAUUGGACGAAAGAUGAGACAAAGUCUUUGUCGACAAUCAACUCGCAAAAUCGGUGUAGCAGCCGUGGCGGGAAAGGGAUGUUUGUCCACAAAUUAGG